UUGCGGGGUGCUCCGAGGCUGACCUUGGGCUGCGAGGGUGGCAGAGAUUCAUUGCUGCUGCAGCAGCAGCAGGCAGCUCAAAUGGCGGAAAAAGUGUGAGGGGGAGGAAGGAAGCCGAGACCACAGUCUGUGCUCCUCACAGCCGAGCGAGCGGGGAGUUACUGCGCGCUGCAGCCGGCCUGCCAUGGAGGGGGGAAAUCCCCUUCACCCCCUCCCCCAGUGAGCCUAGAGCCGGCUGCUGCACGAGCAGGGGCGCUGAGCUCAAUGCUGCUGAGGGAGGGGGAAAGACUCAUGAAUGACGAGGGGGAGGGAGCCGGCGUUGGGCACUAGGGCUCUGCGGCCCACUGGGCUCCGUGCUGCUGAUAGCGAGAAAUGUGAGCUGGCUGCAUCACUGCAGUACCCACUGCAGACACAGAGAGAGGGGGAGAGAGAGCGGCAAGGAGCCAGCUCCCAGCCCGGAGCAUCCCGGGGACAGGCUCCCUCACAGCCAGGAAACAGCUCCCGGGCAGAGCCUUCUCCAGCAGCAGCGACCACCCCCAGCACCGAGCAUCCCCAGGGGACAGCAACGGAAAGGACUUGGCAAGGCCCUUGCUUCCAGCCUGCCCUGCACCUGCUGUGCUGCCCAGGAUCUUGCCUUUGCAGAGAUGAUCCCAGGAAAGCUACUAGCAGCGGCUGCCGCCUCUUGUACGGGUCUGCCAGAUAACCUCCAGUGACUGGGGCCGCCAGUCCGCUGGUCCCUUGCCUGGCACAGGGAGAGGAGCCGGUCCCGCAAGGCAGGAGCCUCCUUAAACAACAGAGCUUUGAAGCCCCCCAGCCCAGCCCAGCCUUUUCCUGCGAGUGGCUGCAGGGGACGCGGCGCUGAGGCUGGGGCAGCGCAGCAGGGCUGAUCCGUGGCUACACUCCUGCACCCCCACCAACGGAGACCGGUCCGCUCCCCAGCAGGACGCUUCCUGGCUCUGGGUCUGGUGCCCAGCUGCUACCCUGGGGGAGCUGCAGGCUCCAGGAACCUCAGAGACAAAGUCAGAGCAAAGGAAUUCACACACACAUUCUUCAGCCCUGCCAGGAUCUUACCCAGAAAGAGGAAUACAGGCUGGGUGGGGGCAGGGCACCUGUGGGAAGGUGCAGGGAGCCCUCCUCCCAGGCUGCACUGCUGGGAGCUGUCCUGGGAUGAACUGGAGCCCUGACUCAUCUGUUCCAGGGCCAGGAGAAAGCCUGGCUGUCCCUAAGCCUCUUGCCUGAGUUUGCUGUUUCCAGCUGCUGAUGCUCUGGCUUGGAAAGCGACACCACACUGAGAGUGGGAGAUCUCUCAGCGACAGGGCUGCCACAGGAUUAAGCAUCUGAGAAAGGCACUGCGGGGUGGAAGCGCUUUGAUCAUCAGAUUGGAACCAAGGAGCAGAAAGGCUCCGCUCAGCAGGAUGCUGCUGUGACUGCAGCCACUUCCUGUGCACGCCUCCAUCUGCGGAAGCAGCACCUCCAGGAAUGCGGGGGAAGCUAGGGUGACUGGAAUCCAGAGGGACCUUGGUUGCCUAGAGCUGCCCCUUUCUCCCAGGAUGUGCCCCUGCUCCAGCGGCUUUCUCCAGCCCUAUCGCUUCACUGCCCGAACACGAUUGAAAGCUCUGCAUGCUGCCAGCGUGUUUUAGCCUCAUGCAGGCACCCCUUGCAGAACCCAGAGCAGCGGACAGCAAUGUGAAAACAAUCCUCAUGUCGUGUCUCAAAGGGCAACAGGUCAUCAUCAAAAUGGAGGCGAUGAAGAUCAUCCACCCAGAGAAGUUCUCGGAGCUACAGGCCUCCCAGCCACGCUACACCUCAGCGCCCCGCCGGGAGCCCCCUCUCGUGGCCAAGCGCGCCUGGCCAUCAGAGUCCGAGAUCAUUGUCAAUCAGGCGUGCGGGGACAUCCCUGCCCUGGACGGUAACCCCGGCUCUCUUGGGCUGCCCCGGACUCCGCCCCUGCCGCGGCGAGAGCGACUAUACCAAGCGCAGCGCAAGGGCAGCUCAGAGGUCUGUUACCACCGCCAGCCGCCCUCAGACGAGGUGAUCGUUAACCAGUACGUACUGCACCCCUCCACGCCGUGCGAGCCCCUCGAGUGCCCCACCUGCGGCCACAUGUACAACUUCACCAACAAGCGGCCCCGCAUCCUCUCCUGCCUGCACUCGGUGUGCGAGGAGUGCCUGCAGAUCCUCUAUGAGUCCUGCCCCAAGUACAAGUUCAUCUCCUGCCCCACCUGCAAGCGGGAAACCGUGCUCUUCACCGACUACGGGCUGGCCGCGCUGGCGGUGAACACCAGUAUCCUGAACAGACUGCCCGCUGAGGCCCUGGCCGCCAACCCCGUGCAGUGGAGCAGCGACGCCGACCGCAGCUGCUACCAAACCUUCCGCCAGUACUGCGGCGCAGCCUGCACCUGCCACAUCCGAAAUCCACUGUCUUCCUGCACCAUCAUGUAACCUGUGCACCCCGCCCUGCCUAGCCCCGCGCCGCCUCCCUGCCCCGGGGGCCGGACAGUGUGAGAGACGACCACGCACCAGUCCCAGGGGACGACAGGACCGAGUGAGGGUGGCAAGUCUCAGUAGCUCCCCUGGCGCUGCAGGUGCUAAACACGUCAUCCCCUGGCCCAGCUCCCCGCGCCAGCACAGGGCAUCCCCACCUCCUCGGCGCUCAAGUUUAGGUGGGGGCAGCUGGGAACACCGCCCCCUUGGUAAUCCGAAGCCACUGGUUGAGCAGAGGCCUGGCAGUACUCCAGAGCGAGGGACUUUCCUAUCCUGCGGCUCACGCACCCCCUGUGCGUCUGGACAGGUGCCACUCAACCCUCUGUGCUCACUCCCUGGGCAGUUUGCUUCCCGUUGCCUUCCCCUGGCUCUGUGGCCUGGUCGGGGGGAGCAGCUCCACCCAGGCGCGGCCCCACCAUUGGCCUGGCUGACCUAUGGCGCUGGCGCCCCCAUGCCAUUCAACCUACAGAGGUGACACGGGUGGGGAGCCCGGGAGCUUCCCAGGGGCUGCACAUGAGACCUGAACCUGCCUCCCACAGGGAUGGGAUGGGAGGUUGCCAAACGUCAGACACAUCCUCUCUGCAUUAUUUGCCAAAGCUUUCAUCUCAGUGGCCAAGCUGACAUGCAUCAAAGUAACUGCAGCCAAUUAAACCCGUUGCCAUUGGCCUCCCAUUAUUAACAGACGUAGCCCAUUUCCUCCACAGGCCCUCUAGGAAAGCUCCCAUUUGUCCUCGUUUUGGAGGAUCUUUGUUUGCCCAUCCCUGUCUGGGGACACCCCGUCCUUUGGGUGGUUCGUGUUAAUAAAGGCAUUGAGUUGUGA